CAACCUCUAGUGUUCUCAGUUCUGUUUGUUGUUGCUUUUCCGGCUUACAAGCAAUUAGCCGCUGUUUCAACUUAUAUUGGAUAUUUAAUCCCUUAAAUAAAAUAUGAAGAGAAAAGGAACAGAAGUUGUGGCCUAUGCUACUGAUCGGGGCUUAAAAAGAGCUUUCGAAGAGCAACCUGGUGUUAAGCGUACGUCUAAUUUAAUGGCACCCAUUGUGGCCCUUGAGGGCCAACAAGGAGACAUUUUCGGUAUAGCUUUCCACCCCGAAGGAAAGUACUUAGCUUCUACAGGCUUUGAUAGACAAAUUUUCCUUUGGAACGUUUAUGGUGAGUGUGAAAACAUAUCAACACUUUCUGGUCAUACGGGUGCCAUCAUGGAUAUCAGCUUCUCUACAGACGGCAACACGAUUUUCACAUGUGCGACAGACAACACUGUCGCAAUGUGGGACAUCAUUUCAGGGCAGAGGAUUAAAAAAUUAAAAGGUCAUUCGGGCUUUGUCAACUCCUGUCAGCCAACCCGCAGAGGCCAAUUGUUAAUAGUGAGUGGUUCCGAUGAUUGCUCAGUGAGAGUCUGGGACCCAAGGAAGAAAGGGAAGGCGACUUCUUUAGUAAACCCUUACCAAGUAUUAACGGUUUCGUUUAAUGAUACUGCAGAACAAGUUUUUUCGUCAGGAAUCGACAAUGAGAUCAAAAUUUGGGACCUUCGGACAAAUGCAGUCGCAACAAAACUCAGAGGCCACACAGAUACUGUAACCGGAAUGGCGCUUUCGUCAGACGGCUCUUACUUACUUACCAAUUCAAUGGAUAAUACACUCAGGAUAUGGGAUGUGCGGCCAUACGCUCCUCCGGAACGCUGUGUUAAAAUCUUAUCCGGUCAUCAACAUAAUUUUGAAAAGAAUCUUCUGAGGUGUUCGUGGUCACCCGAUGGAUCAAAAGUAUCUGCAGGUUCGGGAGAUAGGUUCGUCUAUGUCUGGGACACAACAACAAGAAGAAUUUUAUAUAAACUACCCGGCCAUAAUGGCAGCGUGAACGAUGUGCAAUUUCACCCUAAUGAGCCGAUCAUUGCCUCAGGAUCAAGCGAUAAAACCAUUUAUUUAGGUGAACUUGAAGAUUAAGUCAGUCAAUAUUAUAAUAGCCUGAUUUUUAGGGAUUAAUGUAAGAAAGUCUUUUUUGUAUAAAUAAAUAAUUUUUAUGCUAAAUAAUA